GUGAAGCUGGUGGUGGUGAUGAUGGUGAUGAUGAUGAUGAAGACGGAGAUGGCUGCUGUCUUUGUCAACACGCUCCUUCUGCUCUGCUGCUGCUUCAUCACCUCCACAGUUUCUCAGGAGAAUGUCUAUGCUGCAGAAGGCGAGGAUGUCACAUUGCGGCUGAAAAACAAACUGGACCCAUCAGAACGCCUGAACUGGAAGCACAACGGAACACAAAUUGCCUUGAUUAAGUCAGGAAGAGUUAUUAUCGGGGAAGACAAAGGCGUAGGGACAGAUGGAUCUUUGACACUGAGGGACUUGAAGAAAGGCUCUGUGGAGGUUUACAAAUCAGAGAUUUUCAAGGGAGGUACUCUGGAGCAUGAAAACACCUUCAUUGUACGUGUGCUGGACAAGGUCCAGAAACCUACACUGGUGGCUACCUGUGAGAACAACACAGAGACUUUCAAGUGUCAAGUUCCUCAGGCCGAGGGUCUGACCAUUGCAUGGCUGCAGGAUGAGGAGCCGCUGAAUGAGACAAGCCCAACUCUGACACGGGACCCAAAACAACUGACAGCAGAGAGCAGCUUCAAAUGCAAAGUUUCCAACCACAUCAGCUCUGAAAUCAGCCAGCCGGUUAAAAAAACCUGUCCUGUGCCUGACAAGGUCCAGAAACCUACACUGGUGGCUACCUGUGAGAAAAACACAGAGAUUUUCAAGUGUCAAGUUCCUCAGGCCGAGGGUCUGACCAUCACAUGGCUGCAGGAUGAGGAGCCGCUGAAAGAGGCCGGCCCAACUCUGACACGGGACCCAAAAAAACUGACAGCAGAGAGCAGCUUCAAAUGCAACAUUUCCAACCGCGUCAGCUUUGAAAUCAGCCAGACGGUUAAAAAAACCUGUCCUGUGCCUGGCAAGGUCCAGAAACCUACACUGGUGGCUACCUGUGAGAAAAACACAGAGACUUUCAAGUGUCAAGUUUCUAAGGCCGAGGAUUUGACCAUCACAUGGCUGCAGGAUGAGAAGCUGCUGAAAGAGACCGGCCCAACUCUGAAAUGGGACCCAAAAAAACUGAGAGCAGAGAGCAGCUUCAAAUGCAACGUUUCCAACCUCGCCAGCUUUGAAAUCAGCCAGCCGGUUAAAAAAACCUGUCCUGUGCCUGAUCCACCUGCCACUAAACAGUUAUUUGGCUUUGAGUUCUGGACCAUGGUGGGCAUCCUGGCUGGUGGAGGAGGUCUUGUCCUGCUGCUGAUUAUCGUCACCAUCGUUUUAUGCACCCGGGCCAGACGCCGACGAUACAAUCGACUGAAGGCGGAGGGGAGGGGAGAGCUUGAAAUGGCAUGGUCCAAUCAACAACAACAACAACAACAACAACAACAACAACAACAACAACAACUACAGCAACAGUACCAGCCGGCCAGACACGGUGGUCCAGGGCUCAAGGCCAGCUGAGGUAGAUGAGGACCAGCCUCCUCCUCUUCCUCAGCCCAGGAAGAAAGGUCCCAGAACUCAAAGAACGAGAUAUGACAUCAAUCCAUGAUUUCAGGACAUGGAUCCUCUGGUCCUGGUCUCGCCUGCCUUUCUCUGCUCCUUCAGUCUCCUCCUUUACUGACUCUCCUCACUCCUGAUCUUCUCCUGUGACAAAACCUCCUACUUCACAUCCCGCUCCAUCAAGAUCAAGUAUUUUAUGAAAAGUUUUCUUCCAAGAGCCAAGUUCAGUCUGAGACACUUCACUUCUCUGUGCUUUGGGGCUCAAAAACAUGGUGUCGUGAAAAGCAUUUUCUGUCAAACAACUGUGCUCUUUAUUCUGUAACACAGUAAAAGCUGUGCAAUCCUGAAAUUUUACCUUAAACUAUGAAUAGUUAGUUAAGCUAAAAUAUAAAUGUAAAUUUAGCUUAAUCCUGCAAAUGAGUUUUGAUGACAUCACAAAACAGACAAACAAACUUUGGGUUAGGGUUAGGGUUAGCUUCUGGGUUGUUUUCCCUUGUACAGACUCACAGUGCUAAUAUGGUGAUGUAUUGUUAACUAAAUCUUUCUUAUCCCAUACUCUGACAUUUUAU